AUGCAAACCCUCCUCACGCGCUUCCGCGCGCGCGACCGUGCCGUAUCAUCAAGCAGCGGCACACGCUCUACGACUUCUACCGAUACAAACGAGACGCAAAUGCCCACGACGCCUUCGACGCCUCCGCCGCUCCCACCGCUACCCGUGGGAUACACGAGCUUCAACACGAACAUGAACGAUGGUCCUGUUACGCCUACAAGAUACGAACGGAAGAUACACCCGCACGUCGACGCGUUGCUCGAGGAGUACGCAUCGGCGCCGUCGUCGCCGACGUCGGUCAACUCGCCGCUUUCGCCACAUGCGAUGCAUGGGCUCGCUUCGCAGCACUUCGGCGAUAUGCCGGGCGGUCUGGCGCCUGCGCCGCCUGCGACACCUCACGCACAUAAAGAGACGGGUACACCGCCUACUGUGUCGCGCGUACCGUCCGACUCGAGCCCUGCGAUACCCGUGCGGCCACCGAGAGCGCACACGCGCGCACCGUCGUCCGGCUCGCCCUUACCCGUCAGCCCCGAGCACGAACCACUGGACUUCGAGCCGGCUUUCUUCGACGCUUUCGAGCGAGCGAACUACGGGCGAAGCUACAGCGGUUCGUCGGGCCCUACACUCGACUCUCAAGGACGGUUCAGACGUUUAUCGAGAGUUUCAUUGCCCGGUGCGGCGGAUGUGUGGUCUACGUUUGGGAGGAGGAGUGUGGAGGAGAAGGAUAGAGAGCGGCCGAUGAGCAUCGCGAGUGUGCCGAGCGUGUCGGCGGUUGGUGGGGGGUAUGGGGG